AUCAAAGGAAAAGAUUCUGACGGAGCAUCAAUUCAUCACUUUCAUUAAAGCUACAGCCAAAACCAGGCCACAAAUCCCUAACUCAACAUUCCUCCAUUUCCCCAAACCGAUUCACAAAACAAAAUUGACAAAAAAUAAAAAUAAAAACAAAGCAAAUGGCGAACUCGAUCGCAGCAGCGCACAACGCCCGCGUGCUGGGCAGCGGCGACACCGUGGUGGUCCUAGGGCACGGGUUCGGGACCGAUCAGUCGGUGUGGAAGCACCUCAUCCCGCACCUGAUGGACUACUACAAGGUGAUCGUGUACGACCACAUGGGCGCCGGCACCACCAACCCCGAUUACUACGACUUCGACCGUUAUUCCACCCUUGAAGGCUACGCCUACGAUCUCCUCGCCAUCUUAGAGGAGUUCGGAGUCCAAAAAUGCAUCUACGUCGGCCACUCGCUCUCCUCCAUGGCCGGCGCCGUCGCUUCCAUUUUCCGCCCCGAUCUGUUUCACAAGCUCAUCAUGCUGUCCGCCUCCCCAAGGUUCUUGAACACGGGGGAUUACUUCGGAGGGUUCGAGCAGGAGGACAUCAAUGAGCUAUGCGGCGCGAUGGAGAAGAACUACAAGUCGUGGGCGUCGGGGUUCGCACCCCUGGUGGUGGGGGGCGACAUGAAUUCGAUGGCGGUGCAAGAGUUCAGCCGGACGCUGUUUAGCAUGCGGCCGGAUAUUGCGUUGAACAUGUUCAGGAUGAUAUUCACGUUCGACCUGAGGCACUUCCUCGAGCGCGUGACUGUACCAUGCCACAUCAUCCAGAGCUCCACUGUGCCGCUCGCGGUGACCGAGUAUAUCCACCAGAACCUCGGCGGGAAGUCCAUCGUUGAGGUGGUCCCCACGGAGGGUCAUCUGCCGCAGCUCAGCUCACCAGAGCUCACCAUCCCGGUGCUGGUACGCCACAUACGACAUGAUAUUGCAGAUGGUGAUCAUUGAUGAGCAGUCGAUCGAGAAAUAAAUGUUCGUGACAUUUCAUGUUUUGUUUUGGUUUAUUUUUUCCAUUUUAGCCUAAU